AUGGAAGGAAAGAAGGACGAAAUGGUAGUGAGAAAAGGGCCAUGGAUGGCUGAGGAAGACGAAAUUCUGUUGAAUUACGUGAACAAGUAUGGCCCCAGAGGUUGGAGCUCCAUUCGAGCCAAAGGCCUCUUGCCCAGAACAGGAAAAUCCUGUCGUCUCAGAUGGGUUAAUAAGCUUAAACCUGAUUUAAAGACUGGGUGCAAAUUUUCAGCAGAAGAAGAGAGGGUGGUGAUCGAUUUGCAGGCACGAUUCGGGAACAAAUGGGCAAGAAUUGCGACGUAUUUGCCUGGUAGGACGGACAACGAUGUGAAGAACUUCUGGAGUAGCAGACAGAAGAGGUUGGCAAGGAUUCUUCAGACUCCACAACCAAGCAAGUCGCAGAAGAACAAUGGGAGAACCCUUGUUGUCCAUGAAUUGCCACCUUUGGAGGAGGCUCCUAAGUUGAUCAGUUCCAUUCAUGUGGGAGAAGAGUCAUCAACCAAGGAUGAGUCUGACUCACCUUGCUACAAGGAAAACUCAGAAAUGGUGAAGAUGAUGGUGCCUCUACCGGAUUUGGUAGAGCUUAAUCUGCUUAAUUUCGAUACAAACCUUACCCAACUUGAGAAGAAGCCAUGCAUGGAGCUUCUACCGCAGUUCCCAUUUCCCCAGUUCCCACAGCAUCCCCUGGACCUUCCACUUCUGCUAGAAAGCCAAGACCUCAUGGUUGGAGUUGCAGACACAAACCCUUUAGACGUGUUCUCACGGCAACUGGCUCCUGAUGAUGAACCUGGCUGUAAUGGUGCACAGUUCGCUGCGGGGCUCCCGGGUUUUGGAUCGGGAGGGAUUGCUCAAGAUAGUUGUGGUUGUGGAAGAGGAUAUGACAACCCAGUGAUGCCUGAUAGUUUCUUUGAUGACUUUCCAACCGACAUGUUUGACUACGACGAGCAGCUUCCAAAUCCAAGCUCGUCGGAGGGGUAA